AUGGGCGCCAACAUCCUGCGCGGCGGCACGCUGAUCCCUGCGUGGCGCGAGAACACCACCGGCUCCUUCCUCGCAGCCGCCGCCACCGGCGCGUCAUUCGUGGAAUUCGACGUCCAAGUCACGCGCGACGGCGUGCCGGUCCUCUGGCACGACGACACCGUCGAUUUCGGGGACCCCUCCGCCCCCAGCCGCGCUCCUGUCGGGGACCUGACCUUGGCAGAAUUCAAGGCCCUGGGAUCCAUCACGUCCAGCGCCGGCGCCGCCGCCACGCGCCUCGCCGUCGUGCGCUCCUUCUGGGAGGAGGCCGCCGCCGCCGCCGCCGCCGCCGCGCCCCCGGCCUCACCGCCGCGCGGCGCCUCGCCGCCCCGCGGCCGCAGCCCGCCGCGGCACUGGCGGUGCGCGCUGGACGAGGGCUUCCCGACCCUCGAGGAGGUCUUCGCGGCGCUGCCGCCUGGCGUGGGGUUCGACAUCGAAGUCAAGAUGGCGACCCCCGACGACCUGGCUGUCACGCCGCCUGAGGAGGUCGACCGCGUCAUCGGCCCCAUCCUCGCCGCCGUCGAGCGCUGCUGCCCGCCCUCCGUGGGCGGCGGCGCGGGCACGGGCGCGGGCGAACGGCAGGUUGUGUUCAGCUCCUUCGACCCCGAUGUCUGCCGCGAGCUCCGCGCCCGCCAGUCCCGCUGGCCAGUGCUCUUCCUCUCCACCGGCGGCACCGACGCGCACGCAGACCUGCGCCGCACGAGCCUCGCCGCGGCGCUCGACGUGGCGCUUGAGUGCGGGCUCGCGGGUCUCGUCGUGGACAGCGGCGCGCUGCAGGCCGACCCGGGCUUCGCGGCGGCCGUCGCCGCGGCGGCGCCGCGGCUGCGGCUGCUGACGUACGGGCGGGAGAACGACGACCCGGAGUGGGUGGUGGCGCAGGCCGCGCUGGGCGUGCACGGCGUCAUCUGCGACGACGCGCUCGCGGCGGCGCCGCGAGUGCUCGCGUGA